GCUUUUUGUGCUUUCUCUUCAUUGAAGGUUGUUUCUUGCGGAAAGUUUGAUUGGAGGGUUGUUCAACUGCUAUGAGAAUAGUCUAGAAUAGACUGUUGUUUUCUUCAUUAUAAUAUAUUUGGUGACUGAAUUUUUGUGUGCUUUGCAUUUUUCUUGAAAGUUCUUGACUGGGAAGGGUGUUUUUGCUACUGGGUCUUCCUUGAAUUUGUUGAAAUCUCUGUAGAAAUGGGUUUUCUGGAACUCUGAGUCUCUGAGACGAGCCAUCAUGGAUCUGGAAACGGGAGUUCAUCAAAAUCUUGUUAAGAAAGAGUCUUGGAGGACAGUCUUGACAUUGGCUUAUCAGAGUUUGGGUGUUGUAUAUGGAGAUUUGAGCACAUCCCCACUAUAUGUGUACAAGAGCACUUUCGCUGAAGACAUUGAACACUCAGAGACCAAUGAAGAAAUUUAUGGGGUUCUCUCCUUCGUUUUCUGGACUCUGACUCUAGUUCCUCUUCUUAAAUAUGUGUUCAUUGUGCUCAAAGCUGAUGAUAAUGGCGAGGGAGGCACAUUUGCACUGUAUUCAUUGCUAUGCCGACACGCCCGAGUGAGCUCGUUGCCUAAUUGCCAGUUAGCAGAUGAGGAAUUAUCAACCUACAAGAAGGAGAUAACUGUUCCAGUCCCAACUAGUUUUGGGUCAAGUCUGAAAUCUACUUUAGAGAAGCAUAGAGUAUUGCAGAAAUUUUUGCUUAUAUUGGCCUUGAUAGGUGCUUGUAUGGUAAUUGGUGAUGGUAUUCUUACGCCAGCUAUUUCAGUUUUCUCUGCGGUUUCUGGCGUUGAGCUUGCCAUGUCAAAAGAGCAUCACAAAUAUUCCAGACAUACUUAG